GCGAGGCGCUGCCGCGCCGGAGUGGGCUCUGGCGGUGGUCCCUCGCGGCGGGCCCCCCGCCAAAAGCCGGAGGUUCGACGCGAGCAUGGUGGUGGGCGCGCGCGACCUGUGCUGGAUCUGGGAUUUGCUGGCCGUGUUGGUCAAGGACCUCCCUGCCGACGCGCCGAUAUUCCGGGGCUUGGCGCUGCCAGAGCUUGAGGGGAUGUGCCGUGGGAUGAGCGAGAGCCUGGGCUCCCCCGUGGUUCCGCACGGCCUUCGACGUGUCGGGUCGAGCCACGACGCGUUGGUGCGCAGAGUGGCGCUGGAGGACAUCCACCUUGGAGUUCGGUGGGUGUCGCUGGAGAGCUGCAGGAUGCGCGCCAAGCCGGCCAGCCUUGUCAGGUCGCUCGCGCGGGCUUCUGACGUGCAGCUCCAGCGGGCGAGGAACAUCCAGCAUGAUCUCCCGAACCGCACCAUUGCCGUGGUCAGUGAG